GGCACCACCAAGCAAGUGACACCAUGAAGACCAAGGAGCGUGCCAAACAGGUGUCCAUUUCAGAAAAGUUAAUGAAACCCAAAGAGUGGAUUGCCCUCUGUCCUGGACUAGAACAUUAGACUGAUAUAAGGACGUCCCUCAGCCCUGACAGGACAAUGUCAACCCUGGUUGUUCCUUGUGACUCCUGGAGGACGAACAUCAACCUAUCAGGAUUCUCCUCAAGGCCCAGGGCAAUACGGGUUGAGCUUCCAUAGUGUGUUGAAGUUGUAUGGGGUCAAUGGUGUGCCUGCAGAUGAAAAGGUUUUGAAGAAGUAUUUUCUCGCAUCAGAGAAGACAUGAGUUGCUUGCUAAAAUGGACAGCUUUCCUCUGGAUCGUACAUAUCAUUCCCUGCACUGUUGGAAUGGCAUUGAACGAAAGAAUAGACAACUCUAGAUGUCCCCCAUUGAAAGUAGACAAGGACCUGUUUUCCUACAGUUUAAAUGGUCCACAGCCAGAAUUCACCGGUUUUGAUCUGACAGAAAAGUUUCUCCUGAGAAAGGGGGCAGUGACAGAGGAGCGGCCAUCAUUCCGGCUGGGGAGCAGCCCACUCAUCAAGCCAACAGAAUUGGUGUUCCCCAAUGGUCUGUCCAGUGAAUACUCUCUAGUUACCACCUUCCGGCUGAGGAAAACCACGAAGAAAGACCGCUGGUAUCUGUGGCAGAUAUUCGACCAGACGGGAGGUACCCAGGUGUCUGUAGUGUUGGACGGUGCUAAACGAGCAGUGGAGUUCUCAGCCCGGGGCCUUCUGAAGAACAGCCUCCACUACACCUUUAAGAGCCGAGACCUGCACACCCUGUUUGACCGCCAAUGGCACAAGCUGGGUGUGGCGGUCCAGAGCAGCAUCGUCUCCGUUUACAUGGACUGUAAACUAAUAGAGAGGAGGCUGACAGAUGAGAAGGAUGAAAUCGACCCCAGCGGAUAUACGCUGAUUACAACCCGGGUGGAGGAUGGACGGCCUGUAGAUAUCGAACUGCAACAAAUCCUGAUCUACUGUGACCCAUACCUGGCUGAGAUGGAGAACUGCUGUGAGCAGGCAGGAUCUACGUGUGAGCCUAGCAGGGAGGGCCCUGGUGCUGGAGGGGUGACUCCCAAUCCCUUGAAUACAGAUGGAGCAGGCCAGCUCCCCCGGAUGCUCUCCCAGCCCGUCCAGCCAGCUCGGGUCCAGCGGGUCCAGCAUUCCAGCAGUGACAGAUGUCAAUGUUCAGCAGAGAAGGGUGAUCAAGGUCUACCAGGCUUGGCAGGACUUCCAGGACAGAAAGGCGAUCAAGGAGACAAGGGAGAGACCAGGAAAGAUGGGUUCCCUGGAAACUCAAGCCAGAAGGGUGACCAGGGUGUUUCUGGCUCACCAGGUCUGGAUGGUAUUCCUGGACAGAAGGGGGAGGCAGGAUCAAACGGGUCUAAGGGGAUCGAUGGAGCAACGGGUGAGAAGGGACCAGCUGGGGAGCCUGGUGCGGAGGGGAAACCUGGGAUAAAUGGUUUGAAAGGAGACUCAGGUCCUAUUGGCCCCAAAGGUGAUAAAGGUGAUACAGGUCUUCAAGGUCUGCCUGGUCUAAGUGUGGAGAAAGAGGGACUCAAGGGAGAUCAGGGUCCACCUGGCCUAACUGGAGAUAUGGGAUCCCCUGGGUUGCCAGGUCAGACGGGGGCUCUGGGCAAAGAGGGAAAAAGGGGUCGUCGAGGGAAGACGGGGGAACCUGGACCCAGAGGCCUGCCUGGGGUGAAGGGUGACUCUGGAAUUCCAGGAGACAAAGGAGAUCAAGGUGAUCCGGGUCAGCCAGGUGGAGACGGGGCCUCUGGGAUGAAAGGACAGAAGGGGGAAGAAGGCCUGAGAGGACCACCAGGACCGGAAAUGACAGCUCAUGGACUGAGACAUCUGUCUGGCUCUGAGGCUGAAUCAGGAGAGAAGGGCCAGAAAGGAGAAAUGGGUGAUCCAGGACAAAGAGGACUCCAAGGACCACAUGGUUUCAAGGGAAGCUUAGGACUACCAGGUCCAAAGGGAGAGCCCGGCCCAGAGGGUAAAGAAGGUCCUCGUGGACUCAUCGGACUCCCAGGGAUUGCAGGAGAGACGGGAUCGCCGGGGGACCAGGGAAUACCUGGUAGAGACGGUCUGAAAGGAAACAAGGGGGACUCUGGAGAUGUGAUGGGACCCCAGGGCCUGCCUGGACCCAAGGGAGAGCCUGGAGAGCCAGUAGCUGAACAGCUGGGAGAGGGGAUGACAUCUGGACCCAGAGGAUCACGAGGGCCAAAGGGUGAGCGUGGCGUCCCUGGUGUACCAGGAGACCUAGGGGAGAAAGGAGAGCCUGGUCUGGGCGUUGAAGGACCUCCUGGCCCCAUGGGACAGAGAGGAGAGAGAGGAUUUGAGGGCCCUCGUGGACCCUCUGGAUUCUCAGGCCCUGCUGGGACCCCGGGGAGAGAGGGAUCCCCUGGUCGAGAAGGUCCCCCAGGUCCCCCUGGCCCACCGGGUCAACCAACUGCCUUGCCAAUUGUCGGAGAUAUGAGCUCUUUACUCAAGAAUGCCUGCACCGUGUGCCAGACCAGAGUGCCAGGUCUGCCUGGGCAGAAGGGCGAGCAGGGAACCCAUGGAGCGACAGGAGUGCAAGGCAUGGUGGGAGAAAAGGGGGAUCCAGGAGUGCGAGGACCUCUCGGUAAUCCAGGGAAAGAAGGUCCAAAGGGGAUGAAAGGAGAGAGAGGAUUCCCUGGGCCUAGUGGAGACAAAGGAGACGAGGGCUCUCCUGGAGUUCCAGGCAUUCUGGGUACAACAGGCCGUACUGGAGCCCCUGGUGUCAUGGGCAGACCUGGGCCAAUGGGUCAGCCUGGAACAAAGGGAGAUCGGGGAAGUGAAGGAUCCCCUGGAAGGCCAGGACUACCAGGCCCCCCAGGUGUCCCCUAUGUGGAGGGCAAUGGGAUGAGCAGUCUGUACAAACUGCAGAGUGGAGGAGCCAUCUCAGGACCCCCUGGAGCACCAGGUGCACCAGGGCCCAAAGGAGACGAGGGAAGAGUGGGAGAUCCCGGAUCCAUGGGUUUACCAGGACUAGAAGGACUACCUGGAGCCAAGGGUGAUCUGGGGAUGCCUGGAGCCCCUGGAAUACCUGGGCCUUCAGGGAAACCUGGAGCUCGCGGUGAUUCGGGGAUCCCUGGGGAACCGGGUGAGAGGGGCCCGCUGGGGGAGACAGGAUUCCCAGGUCCUGAGGGACCCCAAGGUGCUCCUGGGAGGCCCGGGAAAGAUGGACUUCCUGGGUACGAGGGAGCCACAGGUAGACUAGGAGACAGAGGAUCCAAGGGAGAACGGGGGGACCCAGGGAUACCUGGAGCGAGGGGAGUCCAAGGAGAGAGGGGAAGGACAGGAGACCCAGGAAUAGUGGGACCUAUCGGGCCCCAAGGCCACCGAGGGGACCCUGGUCCCCCAGGUCCCAUAGCAUCACCAAGCCCUCUGAAUGAUGCCAAUUCCAUGGAGGAAAUUAAAAUGUUUAUCCGGAGUGAAGUAUUGCGGUUGUUUGAAGAGAGACUAUCAAGCCAUGCCAUGCAGAAGACGCCGGCGGCCAUUUUAGCGGCGCAGGUUCGACAGGGUUCUCCCGGUCCCCCUGGCAACGACGGAUCCCCAGGGCCUCCAGGGGAAGAAGGCCCCCCCGGCCCUCAAGGGUACAGAGGUCAGAAAGGAGAGAGGGGUCAGCUAGGUCUGGGGAUACCAGGAGCUCCAGGUCUGGCAGGACCACCAGGUGAACCUGGAAGCAGUAUCCAGGGGCCAUCGGGCCCUUCAGGUCCCCAGGGACCUCAUGGUAAAUGUGAUCCCAGUGACUGUCUCCAUCCAUCCUCUCACUCCACACGGAACGGCUAGGGGCCCCCCUCAACUGAUAGGGGACCCUUCAAUGAAUAAGGGCCCUCUCAAUGGCUAGGGCCCAGGGGCCCCCUCCACCCAUCCAGCCUCCAUCUCUCUACAGCAGUCAACCAUAGGCACAGGAGCCGGGCGUGUGGAGCCUGAUCACUCAGUCAGCUCAUAUCAGACAGACAGUAUCGUCCUUGUGGUCAGUUUUACAUUGAAAACACACAUCCUCUGUUUCUGCUUUGCAUGGGAAAGACUCAACCAGAAAUAGAUACAACAUGUAUCUCAACACAAUGGUGUAGGAUGAAAUUGCCCAUAGAUGCUGAUCUUGGGUCAGUUUUGCAUUUUCCCCACUAAUUGUUAAGGUUAGGAUUGGGGGAGGGGAAGCUGAUCCUAGAUCUGUACCUAGUGGAAACUUCACCCUGGAGCGCUCACAACCGCCUUUCGGUUUUCUUAUGACCAUAGAAGCAUUGAAAUGCAAUUAUUUGUUACUUUACGUUGAUGGUUGUUCUAUUCAUUUGAAAUGUGUUACAGUCCAUUAUUAUUGUCAUUGUAGCUAUGAUGAUCAUAUGAAGUACUGUUUCAUGUAUUUCUUGUUUUCACACAACUCCCCUGCUGUGACCUGAUGCAUUCCAUAUUCAUUCACAUUAAGUCUUUCGAGGCCGUAAAUUAAGUUGUUUCUUUAAAUAAUACUGUCGGGAGAAAACAUUUUCUUAAUGAUUUAAUAAUGCUUGUUUAUGGGGAUAGCUAUGCACACGUUUGGUCUCAUUUGAUAUUUUCGUUGUGUGUGUGUGAGCUGGUAAACAGGCAGUCUGAAAUGUGUGUGUUUGUGUAUGACUAAUCAAUAUUCUUUGUGUGAACUGUUUAUGCAAAGUGAAGGAGGAUCAUGUAACACGAAAUAUAGUUCUGAAUAUAUAUUUCAUAUAUUAAUAUAUAUUUCCUCAAUGAAUGGGAUAUUUGUGAAACGUGUUAGAAGGAAGCUAGCUACAUGAAUUGAUCCAUUUACAUAACAUAAUGAAUAUCUUGUCGUGUAAUUCAGUACUAGAGCUUUGUUUAUGAAUUUUAUGAAGUUUUGAGAAUGCUAAAUAUUCUGUGUUUCAAACACUACCAGUCAGAUAUAUUGCAUGAUACUGUUGUAAUUGUAAAGGGAUGGUCUGGUAUCAAAACAGAAUACUGGGUUCCUCUCUCGUCACCCUACACUCUAGGUACUUUAUGUGAGGCGUUACUCAGUGAGAUCUCUCCACAUACUAUACACCUUAACAUGUAGUGUUCAUAACAGACUAAUUGAGUAGCCUGCUAGAUUGGGUUCUGAGUUCUGAUAUUAUUCAACAGGUAACAUCGCCUGACUGUUGCCAUAUCUCAAGACAACCAGCACAACAUGAUCAAGGGUUAAACACUAUCUUAAUGCCAACUGAAUGUAGUUUGUGACGGCUUGGUCAAGUUGACAUUUCUUCCAUGUACAGUUUGUGUGUAAGUGUGUAUAUUAUGCUAAUGUCGUAUCACCUCACGUUCACGUGAAGUUAGCCGCGAGGACUUCAAUGUAGAUUUCUUGCAGUCAUACAUAUGGCUAACAUGAAGUAGGACAGUUUCCCUUUAUCCAUGGUCUUGUCUCCAAAGAGGGCAAACAAAUACAUGUCAAAUACUACAGGGAUUGAUUGAAAUUGCCCAGUACAAUGAAACCAAUAGAAUAUGGUAGGAUCGGAGAUGUUGUUACAUCGCUGCUCUUUUGGCAACAUGGUCUCAUUAGAAUAUGUCAAACAAACAAAUAGUGCCAUUUAACUACGUAGGUAUAUGUGGACAUAUUACUGAUAUGUCACUAAGUUAGACGUCACUUAUGAUGACAUAUUAGCUACUUAUAUGUCACUAUAACGUCUGCUUAUGGGGUCAGAUUCAUGAUGUUUCAGCUUUUAUUGUUUACAUGGAGAGAAUACAGCUGAUUCCUCCAUCAAAACUGUGUACAUCAGUCUACAUGGGAGUAUACAGCUGAUUCCUCUAUCAGAACUGUGUGUACAUCAGUCUACAUGGAGUAUACAGCUGAUUCCUCUAUCAGAACUGUGUGUACAUCAGUCUACAUGGAGUAUACAGCUGAUUCCUCUAUCAGAACUGUGUGUACAUCAGUCUACAUGGAGUAUACAGCUGGUUACUCUAUCAGAACUGUGUGUACAUCAGUCUACAUGGAGUAUACAGCUGAUUCCUCUAUCAGAACUGUGUGUACAUCAGUUUACAUGGAGUAUACAGCUGAUUCCUCUAUCAGAACUGUGUGUACAUCAGUCUACAUGGAGUAUACAGCUGAUUCCUCUAUCAGAACUGUGUGUACAUCAGUCUACAUGGAGUAUACAGCUGAUUCCUCUAUCAGAACUGUGUGUACAUCAGUCUACAUGGAGUAUACAGCUGAUUCCUCUAUCAGAACUGUGUGUACAUCAGUCUACAUGGAGUAUACAGCUGAUUACUCUAUCAGAACUGUGUGUACAUCAGUCUACAUGGGAGUAUACAGCUGAUUCCUCUAUCAGAACUGUGUGUACAUCAGUCUACAUGGAGUAUACAGCUGAUUCCUCUAUCAGAACUGUGUGUACAUCAGUCUACAUGGGAGUAUACAGCUGAUUCCUCUAUCAGAACUGUGUGUACAUCAGUCUACAUGGAGUAUACAGCUGAUUCCUCUAUCAGAACUGUGUGUACAUCAGUCUACAUGGGAGUAUACAGCUGAUUACUCUAUCAGAACUGUGUGUACAUCAGUCUACAUGGAGUAUACAGCUGGUUACUCUAUCAGAACUGUGUGUACAUCAGUCUACAUGGAGAGUAUACAGCUGAUUACUCUAUCAGAACUGUGUGUACAUCAGUCUACAUGGAGUAUACAGCUGAUUCCUCUAUCAGAACUGUGUGUACAUCAGUCUACAUGGAGUAUACAGCUGAUUCCUCUAUCAGAACUGUGUGUACAUCAGUCUACAUGGAGAGUAUACAGCUGGUUACUCUAUCAGAACUGUGUGUACAUCAGUCUACAUGGGAGUAUACAGCUGAUUCCUCUAUCAGAACUGUGUGUACAUCAGUCUACAUGGAGUAUACAGCUGAUUCCUCUAUCAGAACUGUGUGUACAUCAGUCUACAUGGAGUAUACAGCUGAUUCCUCCAUCAGAACUGUGUGUACAUCAGUUUACAUGGGUGCUAUGUGUAUAUUUAGAUUUUGAAGCCAUAAGAGGUGAUCUUUCUUAUCUAAUAACAACACUGCAAUAUUUUACUUCUGAGUUUUCUUUCUUUGUUUUCUUGGUGGGUCUUUACUUGAACUCUUAUUUUCUGAAAGUGUUUUUAUUUUUUAUUUUGACAAUAUCUGUACAUUACGGCUCAGAUACAUAUUUCUCCCUCGACUGUUUGACCAUGUAGCAUUGUUUGUCACUGUAUACAUAUAUAUUAUGUUGGUGUGUUUUAAGACUGGAGUUAUUUAGUUAUUUAUUUGUUGUGUUUCUGAUUGGAAAGUAAUAAGUUAAGAAUCAAGGACAUUCAUUAAAUAUCUCUGUACUUCUCCAAUGUUAUCAGAGUGCUCUCUCUGUCACUCAGGCCUCAAUUCAAACAAACAUGCCCUUAGGUGUUUCAUUUUGACCCAGUGACCUAAAACCCGGGAAAAACACCCGGUAGACUGUCGUCAUAGAGAUUGAUAAGAUGUGUGUUUCCAGACGCAUUCUGUAGUUAAACAAAGGUACUAUACAAUAACUAUAUUAUUGUCGUCUCCUCAAACCGACCCUAGGCAGUACUGGAUACAUGGUGGGAGGCAAUCCGUCUGCCUUGGGAGACUAAUACUAAUGUAGGUUUGAUUAGAUCUGGACCCUCAAAGGCAAUUAUUUAAGUUGGAGAAAGUACAUGGGUGGAGCUGACACUUUGUGAUGUUUAAAUUGUCUCUUUUGCCUUCUUUUAUCGGUCUAAGGCACUGCUUCACAGUGCUUGAUGCGUCACUACAGACCCGGGUUUGAACCCAGACUGUGUCACAGCCGGCCGUGACCGGAAGACCCGUGAGGCGGCACACAAUUUGGCCCAGCGUUUUCUCCGACUCAUUGGUGCGGCUGGCUUCCGGGUUAAGCGAGCCGUGUGUCAAGAAGCAGUGCAGCUUGGCAGGGUUGUGUUUCAGAGGACGCAUGGCUCUAGACCUUCACCUCUCCCGAGUCCAUACCGGAGUUGCAGUGAAGUGAUGGGACAAGCCUGUAACUACCAAUUGGAUAUGACGAAAUUGGGGUUAAAAACAAUGUCACACUCCUGCGCUCCCAUUUCUUUGAGUUGGAGAUUUUCUCUUAGUAUUUCAGAGCAUCAAAUUGAUUGAGGGUCUUUGAAGAUAGCUUGGUGACAGUGGAGGCUGCUGAGGGGAAAACGGCUCAUAAUAAUGUCUGGAACGGAACAAAUGGAAUGGCAUCAAACACAUGGAAACCAUGGAAACCAUGUGUUUGAUGUAUUUGACACCAUUCCGCUCCAGCCAUUACUAUGAGACCGUCCUCCCCAAUUAAGUUGCCACCAACCUCCUGUGCUUGGUGAUAUGUAUGGCUCAGGUCAUUAUAUGUCAAUGAGGUAACUGCAUAUUCAACCCUUUGACUAUUACAGAAGACAUUAGCUAAUUGGUUAACAACAUUGAGGCAUUUCUUUAUUUCCAUGUCACACUGUUACUGCUUGCUCGUUUUGUUGGCAUCUCAACGUGAACAUUUUAUGUGGCUAAAUGAUACUGCCGGAAGUAAGACACAAAGGCUGCGUUUACUCAGGAAGUCCAAUUCUGAUUCUUUUGCCCAAUUAUUGGCAAAAGAUCUUAGUGGUCAAAAUACCAAUAUUACAGCAAAAUAUCAGAAUUGUCUGCCUGUGUAAACACAGCCAUAGGCAGAAUGACACAGAAUAUGGUGAGCUGUGUCUCGUGUCCUUACUUCAUUUGUAAGUGGACAGGGCCCUCUAGUGUUCAUUAGAAGAUUGUUUGCUAUACUGAUUAACAUUUUAUUUCAAAUAAUGAAUCCUCUGAUGUGUUGUAUUAACUUGUGCUAAUUUCCACAUUCCAACACCCGUCCUUAGAUGAAUGAUGAUGGCUUGAUGUGGUUAGUCUGUUAGCCUUGAAACCAAGCUGAGAUGUAGCCUUUCACCAUUGUGGAUUCAAGGCUAGUAGUAUGUUUUGGUGUGUGUGUUUUCAGAGCGAACUCUCUUGAAGGAGAUCGGUGAAAGGUCCAAUGCACCUGUUUUUAUCUAAAUAUCAAAUCAUUUUUGGGUAACAAUUAAGUACCUUACUGUGAUUGUUUUCAAUUAAAAUGGUCAAAAAGAAACAAAAAAAGCUUUUUAGCAAACAGACAUUUCUCAAGGAUUAAUUUUGCUAGGACUAUAUAUAUAUAUUUGACUGCAGUGGGCCUUUACUUCAUAGUCAUGAAUGGUUUUCCUCUUGUUAUGUUGAGUUGCGGCAGCAUGUUGUAAUAGAUGUUGUCAUUUGAAAAAGAAAUCAGCUUCAAUGUUUAUCCAUUGAAGUAGAUUGGUCAAGACAGUCAUGGAUGUUGUUUUUGCUCUUGUAACAUCAAGAUGACUGCCUUCGUAUUGAAGCUGAAGUAUCAGUACAUUGUUGUACACUUUACAAGCAGCUUCCAGUCUCAAUACAAGUCAAUUUAUACUCUGAAUGGUUACCAUGAGUUCUAGGUUCACCUGAUUGUCUGCUUCAGUAUGGGUUCACCUCUAGGUUCACCUGAUUGUCUGCUUCACUAUGGGUUCACCUCUCCUGAUUGUCUGCUUCACUAUGGGUUCACCUCUAGGUUCACCUGAUUGUCUGCUUCAGUAUGGGUUCACCUCUCCUGAUUGUCUGCUUCACUAUGGGUUCACCUCUAGGUUCACCUGAUUGUCUGCUUCCCUAUGGGUUCACCUCUAGGUUCACCUGAUUGUCUGCUUCAGUAUGAGCGAACAGCUCUACUAGCACUACCUACCUGGGUUGGUGUCAACUCCAUGACAAUGCUCUCAUUUCAGGAAGUAAACUGAAAUGGAUUUCAAUGACAAUACAUUUUAUUUGUUUGCUUCCUGAACUGGGUGAAUUUAAAUGGGAUUAGCCCCAGCCCUGCUACCUAACCUUGUUGCCGUCGGGAAAACACCUCUACUGUGUCCAUAUUAGGACAGCCUCGGUCUCGUCAGGUGUGUCUGUGUCCUAAUAUGGACACCGUACAAACACUUCAAAAGCUUCAUACAGAGAAGUUUGUUCAACUCAACAACCGAUUCAUUUUCACUGUUCUAUUGUGGUCCUGGUUUUCUACACUUGUCAGUCUCCCCUCUGUGGAGAAGAAGACCUCUCCAUGUAUUUAGUAUUUCCUUUUAACAGCGUGUUUUAUCUCAUUAUCUUGGUCAUUUAUGUACUUUGUUAUUUGUGUUUGAGUGUGAUAAUUGUUAUUUUAAUUUGAUGGUCUACCUCAUCUGAGGCAUACGGCUAUACUGUACACACACUAGUUUAGUCAGCGUGAUGUUACACUCUAGCCUUACCACUAUUCUACUACACUGCUACUUUAAAGCUAACGGUUUAGAUUUACCUCAAGACUAAAAUGCUAAACGUAAUGGAUAGAAAAUGGUGUUAACUAUAGGCCUAUUGAGUUGGUGCCAAGCUAGUCAUCUUUUGUUGAUCAUUUAUGAAAGCCUAUACUUAGAAGUUGUGAACCACUGUUUGACCAUAUAAUGGAGGUUGUACAGCAAGUUGAAUGUGUAUGAAGGGUAAUGUUUUUCCAACAAAUCUUUUGACUUUACAGCAUUCUAUGAAAACACUGUUGAUUUUACACUCUGAUUACCGAUACCUGCCUUAAAUCUGUACAACAAUAAUUUCUUACAUUUCAUGUGUUUCAUUUGCUUGUAAUGACCUACUCAGAUUACACAUUGGUGUGUCACUAUCAACAUGUGAAUACAAUACAAUAUCUUACUGAUGUGAAGUUUCUAAAUGAGAAUAUCUGCUUUCUUGGCGCUCCGUAUGCAUUAUCCAUAAAGAGACGGAGAAAAGUAUAAUUGGUAAUUUGGAUGAUAUUGUCAUCACAUAUUUCUAGAAAGGUAGAAUUGACUGAAUGUUUCUCUGCGUGGUCAAUUCCUUAAUUAACUGUCACACGUUUGGGUUAUAUGAAACUAUGUUUUGAAAACCAGAUUGUCUAUUAUUUAUGUCAAUAAACUGUUUCAAGAGCA